AUGAAUGCCGCUAGCAAACAGUUCCUACAAGUCCUACCACAUCUUAAAUAUCCCGGCUUCGAAUUCUCGGGUCUUGCCGUCACCCAGGUCGGCAAGACCCUGGCCAGCAUCUUGAAUAUGAAAGAUGGCAAACAUGAGCCAAGCAGUUUACGUUCGCACCUUGACGCUCGUGAUGCGGCAUCUUACGUCUCGCUCAAAAUCGAAGCCAUCUUCGCCACCGCUAUCGGUAUCCUUUAUGCUAACGAAGAUAUGAAGCCCAACAAUCCAAUCAUGUGGCAAAAGGUCCAGCGGAUUCUGGAGCAACGCGAUGUCACCUAG